AUGGCUGUAUUCCUCCUCCUGGCUCGCUAUAGGAGGACUUAUUUGCCUCGCAUACGGCCUGCACCACAGAGCCCUGGAUCAAGCCCUCAGCCCUUCCUCCCCUCUCCCUGCACCACCACGUUUACCUUGCAUACAGCAUUCACCACAGCAUUCACCACAGCAUUCACCACAGCAUUCACCACAGCAUUCACCACAGCAUUCACCACAGCAUUCACCACAGCAUUCACCACAGCAUUCACCACAGCAUUCACCACAGCAUUCACCACAGCAUUCACCACAGCAUUCACCACAGCAUUCACCACAGCAUUCACCACAGCAUUCACCACAGCAUUCACCACAGCAUCCAACCCCCUCUUCUCUUCCUCCCAUUCCCCUCCCCCUAUCCUUCCCCAACCCCCCUCUUCUCUUCCUCCCAUUCCCCUCCCCUAUCCUUCCCCAACCCCCUCUUCUCUUCCUCCCAUUCCCCUCCCCCUAUCCUUCCCCAACCCCCUCUCUCUUCCUCCCAUUCCCCUCCCCCUAUCCUUCCCCAACCCCCUCUUCUCUUCCUCCCAUUCCCCUCCCCCUAUCCUUCCCCAACCCCCUCUUCUCUUCCUCCCAUUCCCCUCCCCCUAUCCUUCCCCAACCCCCUCUUCUCUUCCUCCCAUUCCCCUCCCCCUAUCCUUCCCCAACCCCCUCUUCUCUUCCUCCCAUUCCCCUCCCCCUAUCCUUCCCCAACCCCCUCUUCUCUUCCUCCCAUUCCCCUCCCCCUAUCCUUCCCCAACCCCCUCUUCUCUUCCUCCCAUUCCCCUCCCCCUAUCCUUCCCCAACCCCCUCUUCUCUUCCUCCCAUUCCCCUCCCCCUAUCCUUCCCCAACCCCCUCUUCUCUUCCUCCCAUUCCCCUCCCCCUAUCCUUCCCCAACCCCCUCUUCUCUUCCCCCCCUCCCAGCGCCACCACGUGGCUGUACUCCUCCUCAUGGCUCGCUAUAG